AUGAUGAAACUUUUUAUAAUUUUUGUUUACGUCCUUUUUCCAGUAUUGUCCUUGGGUGUAAAAAGGAAAGGCUUCAAUUUUUUAUUCCCAUCCUUUGAGCAUUUUAAUAAAAAAAAUAAUUUAAAAAAAUCAAAUAAUGGGAUAAAUAAAAAUGAUAGUAUAAAUAUAUAUAUUAAUAACAUUGAAAAAGAUGAUAACAUUAGUGCAAAAAUAAUUUCAUCUAAUAUUACACCAAAUUUAAAUUCCGAAAUAAUUGAUAUUGAUCAAAUAAAAAACAUACUUCCCCAUAGAUAUCCAUUUCUAUUAGUAGAUAAAGUAUUAUAUAUACAACCAAAUAAAAAAAUAAUUGGUAUAAAAAAUGUUACAACAAAUGAACAUUUUUUUAAUGGUCAUUUUCCUCAAAAACCAAUUAUGCCUGGUGUUCUCCAAAUAGAAGCAUUAGCACAAUUAGGUGGUAUUUUAUGUCUUAAAAAUAGUGAAAAAAAAAGUAAAGACAAUUUAUUUCUUUUCGCAGGGGUAGAUGGAGUUAAAUGGAAGAAACCCGUUUUACCAGGCGAUACAUUAGUGAUGGAAGUAGAACAAAUUUUGUUCAAACCAGCACUCGGAAUUGCCAAGUUAAAAGGAGUUGGGUAUGUAGGUAAUAAUGUAGUAAUAGAAAUCGAGAAAAUGAUUUUUGCAAUGUCAAAAUGA